AUGUCCACAAAGCUUGUUGUCAAUCCCAACUACUUUGAGGUAAAAGCUGUCGGAGACGAAUGGAUUGCAAGUGUCAUGAAGUACAACAAGGCGGAAGCAGCAAAGAACUCCAAAGUUGAUCUGUGUUUCCUGGCAUCAAUUUGGUCACCAAUCGCCUCAGAACACCGCCUGAAAAUCAUGUUAGAUUGGCAUCACUGGGUGUUCCUUUUCGACGAUCAGUUUGAUGAAGGACACCUCAGAGAGGACCCGGCCGCUGCUGCUGAGGAGAUCAUUCAAAACAUAGCCAUCAUGGGCGGUGAUGCGCCUCGCUACACUGCUGAUUCUAAUCCCAUUCGAUAUGUGUUUCAGAGAUGCUGGGACGCCAUCAGCGAAGUAUCUAGUCUAGAGAUGCAAAACCGAUGGAUUGAUCAACACAAGCGCUACUUUGGACAACUCCUCGUGCAGGUCGACCAGCAAGUCAGCGGCCUAAACUUCACACGCGACGUAGAUGAGUACAUGAACAUGCGCAGAGGUACAAUUGGCGUGUACCCAGCCAUCAACCUCACCGAGUACGGCUCAAACAUCAACUUGCCACAGCACGUGUACGAGCAUCCAAGCCUGCAGGAAUGCAUGACUGUCUCGGCAGACCUGGUGAUAUUGGUGAAUGACGUCUUGUCUUACCGCAAAGACCUGGCAUUAGGCGUAGACCACAACUUGAUUUCGCUACUCAUGGAGAAAGAUGGUCUCAGUAUCCAACAGGCAAUGGACGAAAUUGGUAAUAUGGUCAACCAAUGUUACCGAAGAUGGUAUCUUGCUCUGGCAGAGCUGCCAUCCUAUGGAGAGAAAAUCGACCGCGAAGCUAUGAGAUUCGUGGAGGUUUGCAGGGCGUUGGCGCAAGGGAAUCUCUUCAAAACAGGUCGUUACUUAGGCCGCGAGGGCCAUGCCGUCCACGAAACAGGCAUCAUGCAUCUUCCACCCGCAUAG